UGGUUUGCUACCUCUUCCGGGGUUUUAUUUGGGGUUUUUUUUGCGCUAUAGUUGUAGGUGUUAGGUAGUGGUGGGGUCGAAAGAUAGGGUGCAUACUUUCAUCAUGAGUUCUUUUAUGGGGCGCAUGAAGGAGUAUCCAGCCAUUUCAAUCGAUAGGUUUGAUAGGGAAAACCUCAGUGCCAGGGCUUACUUCUUAUCCCACUGCCACAAAGAUCACAUGAAGGGACUGAGGGCUCCAUUUCUGAAACGAAGACUGCAGAAUAGCCUUAAGGUUCAUCUGUACUGUUCCCCAGUCACUAAAGAACUUCUUCUGACAAAUCCAAAGUAUGCAUUUUGGGAAAAUCGUAUGAUAUCUAUUGAGAUUGACACUCCAACUCAGAUUUCUUUGGUUGAUGAAGCUACAGGUUAUAAAGAAGAUGUUGUGGUCACACUUCUACCUGCAGGUCACUGUCCAGGAUCAGUAAUGUUUUUGUUUCAAGGAAACAGUGGCACAGUUCUCUAUACAGGAGAUUUUCGGCUGGCAAAAGGAGAAGUGGCGCGAAUGGAGCUUCUACAUUCAGGAAACAGAGUGAAAGACAUUGAGAGUGUUUAUUUGGAUACUACAUUCUGUGACCCUAAAUAUUAUCAGAUUCCAAGCAGGGAAGAAUGCUUGAGUGGAAUUUUGGAGCUGGUUCGAAGUUGGAUCACAUUGAGUCCUUUUCACGUUGUGUGGCUCAACUGUAAAGCAGCUUACGGCUAUGAGUAUUUAUUCACAAACCUUAGUGAGGAAUUUGGAGCAAAGGUCCAUGUGAAUAAGUUAGACAUGUUUAAAAACAUGCCUGAAAUCCUGUCUCAUAUAACAACUGAUCGCCGGACACAGAUACAUGCCUGCCGACAUCCUGUGAAUGAAGAGUUCACACGAGCAAAUAGGAUGCCCUGUGGCAUGUUCUCAGAUGAUGGCAUCCCAUUACAUGUAAUCAGUAUUAAACCAUCCACUAUUUGGUUUGGGGAGAGGACCAGGAGGACCAAUGUGAUAGUAAGGACUGGAGAGAGUUCCUAUCGUGCUUGUUUUUCUUUCCAUUCAUCAUAUAGUGAGAUUAAAGAUUUUCUGGGAUACAUCAAGCCCAUGAAUGUUUAUGCUAAUGUUAUUCCUAUGGGGAAAUCAAUAGAACAUGUCGAAAAAAUCUUAAAACCUCUAUGUAGGUCUUAUUCUGACAGUUCAGUGAUAACGUAUAAGCCACUUGGAGCCCUGAAGCGAGUGAGAUGUGUGGAUUCUCAAGACACAGAUAAAAGCUGUAUUGAUGCUUUAUUUGAUGACUAUCCAUUGACUCAUGUGAGGAACAAGAUUUCCCGAGAUCUCCACUGGAGCUCAGAACACUGUGGUCAUGCUUUAUCCUCGGCCCACAGAGAGAAUGUCAGACCCGCAAGUAACCCUGUUGAUAUAUAUGUAAACACAGUCUUGCCCAUAGACUAUAUGGACUGUGAAGAAUCUAAUGGAGAGGAUGAGGAGGAGGAGGAAGAAAUUACUGAAGAAGGGUCUUCUGAAAUAAUAGAAGCUACACAAGUUGAAACACUUGAGACCGCAUGCAGAAACUUAAAACAAGCCACGACUAAUGCAGAGGAAAAUGUUGUGCCUGAUUGGAGUUCCUUCUUCAGCCCACACAUCUUGGGAAAGGUUGAUGUCUCAAAUACAGAUGAACAUAUUCCAGCUUCUAAGGAAGGAACGUGUUCCCACUCGCCAAAACUGUUUAGUGAUUCUGACGAUGAUUCUACUCAUAUUUCUUCCAUGAAUUCCUCUCAAUCCACUCACAUCUCUGAACAAGGUAGCCAAGGAUGGGACAGUCAGGCUGACACUGUCCUGCUGUCUUCUCAGGAAAAGAGAGCUGCAGAACUGGGUGCUUCACACAGAUAUCCUACUCCAUUAUCUGCUGUUGAUCAGUUGGUGAUCCCUGAAGCCUCUGGAAUUGAUGAGUCUCUAAACAAGAGGUUUAGUGAUGAAACUGCUGACCUGUCAAUCACAUCUCCUACUAAAAUAGGAAUUCAUAAGGCAAAAUCCACAGGUGAUAGUAUAUUAAUAAACCCUGAGCUGAAGUCAGACUCACAAAGUUCUUCUGAUUUUGAAAUUCCUUCUACUCCUGGAACUGAACAACCACAACCAGAUAAGCUACAUUAUGUCUAUGAGCGACUUGCAAUGGGAGAGACUGUGCUGAAAGAAUAAAUGAACAUGAAUUGUUUUAUAUGUAUUUGUAAGGGAAACAACUUAGCCAGUAAGCAGCACACCUUUAGUGCAAGAUCAUACCUGGGUGCCAGUGCAGGGAUACAGUAGACAUCUUCACAAGUAGUGACAGCACCCACAGGAAUUUUCACACAAGGUAAUAAAGUCAAGAUUUAUGAAGUUUA